CGAGAGCCGCCGAACCCGGCACCGGAGGACCUGCGCCGAGCCCGACACGACGUCAGGACAGAACCGGACAGAACCGGACACACUGGACACGUUGCACCAGGUGGAGGUCGAUGGAGAAGGCAGCGAGCCGUUCACAGUGCAGUUGGUGAAGCCCAGUCAAGGAGCCGUGAUGCCGGUGAAGAAAAGGAAGUUACCUGACGCAGGUGACCACGAGCACAGGUGUAAACUCAGCAGUCUGACUCGGCCUCAUAUUCGGCCCGUGAGGCCGAUGGGCGGCGCCAAGCCUUUCUCCAGUAAAAGGUGUCUGGCCUGGUUCCACGAGUACGCCGGACCCGACAAGGUGGUCGGACCCGAGGCCAUGGAGAAGUUCUGUGAGGACAUCCGAGUGGAACCGGAGAACAUCAUCAUGCUGGUUCUGGCCUGGCACCUGGAGGCAGCCAACAUGGGCUUCUUCACCAAAGACGAGUGGCUCAGAGGAAUGACGUUGCUGCAGUGUGACUGCACCGAGAGGCUACAGAGUAAACUGGAGGACCUGCACCGCGAACUCAACGAUGCCGCCGCCUUCAGAAACAUCUACAGAUACGCCUUCGACUUCUCCAGGGAUAAGAACCAGAGGAGUCUGGACAUGGACACAGCUAAGUCCAUGCUGGCUCUGCUGCUGGGCCGGACGUGGCCCCUGUUCCCAGUGUUCCACCAGUUCCUGGAGCAGUCCAAGUAUAAAGGCCUGAAUAAGGAUCAGUGGUACAACGUUCUGGAGUUCAGCAGAACCAUCAAACCCGACCUCAGCAACUACGACGAAGACGGAGCCUGGCCGGUGCUGCUGGACGAGUUUGUGGAAUGGAGGAAGUCUCGUUCAGCAUCGUAGCAGACGGACAACGUCCUGACAGUCAAAAGGAUGCAGAAGAAGAAACGGGAGGAAUCUGUGAUGUAAGAAAACUGAAGCUGCUUUCAGGUCUCAGCAACACAAACGCGAGCAGCAGAACACAAUCCUCCCCGUGGACUCGGACUAACCAGCAGACCGGAGCCUCGGAGCAGAGGACAGAGCAACGAACUGAGAGAAGAGCCGUGGAUCUAUGUUUUCUAGACAAUUAUUUUUCCCAUUUGUGUUUUGUUUAUAGAUGUUUUCAAAGUAAUAAAAGGAAGAUGGAAAAACA